AUGACAACUGAUGAACAAGAGUCGUUAGUGACUGGAUUCCUCGAGAUGUCAAACGUACUGCGAAAAGACCACCUACCCAAUGGUCAGAGUUCUUCACAAGGAGUCUUGAAGAAGGAUAUGAUGCUCGAGGAGUCUCUAGAGCAAGCAGAACUCACUGGGUUGCUCUUGCACGCUACAGGAAAAAUGGAAGAUUUACUGGCUCCCGGUCGAGUUACUCGACGAUCAACGGGGCUACAGGUGAUACAAGUGAUACUUACAUCUCGAUUUAAGAUGAGCAGAUCGUUUAUCACUCUGCGAUUCAGAGCGCAAGCAGUCCAUUUCAACUAG